AUGGCUGGGAGAGAUCUACUUCGCAAGGUGCAAACAGCAUGGCGCAGGCGCCAUUCCAUUCGCUCGGUUUCUGGGAAGGGGCAGCCACGACAUGUGACAACAUUUGGGGUUCCCCUCCGGAUCAUCCACGACAGUUUUCCCAGCCUCGGGCGGCGAUGAUGCUGCCCAUCUCGCCAGUUCCUAUUUGCAGAACGGCACCAGGCGGCCGUUCCAACCACCCAACUCCGCAUGGAGUGAGCGAUCAGCAAUCCUCACAGUUGUCUAUGAUUGGGGGGGGGGGAAGUGCGUCAAGGCACGUCACCUGCAAUCGGUAUGGCGUUGGGCUGUGGAGCUGCACAAGCGCCGAGAAACACAGAAGUCCCCCAAAGGAGAAUGUCGGUUGAGGUGCAGGCGAGGGGGCGGGAUAACUCUUCACCUGACCUUUUCUUCGCAUCGAACACCAGCGGAUAUCGCCAGUGGCGGGAAGAAGGCAAGAGUGAGGCCACAGGCGGGUUUCUGGGGAACAUGGCCGGCGAGACAGGGGAGGCCAGUCUCGAGGGUCCGGGGAUGGGAAACCGUGGGGAGACAUCGGACAAGGACGACGAUGAUCGAACGACUCCCUCCGUGCCACACAAGUCUUAUGAAGGAGUCACUAAUUGGAGCAAAGUGCGUGCCGCGGGUGGCAAGAAAAGGAAGGGGGACAACUCACUACAACCGGCGAAGAAGAACAACCCCUGGUCUUUGGAGGAGAGAUUGGACCUCGCAAAGUUCAUCGGCGUGGACGAAGCCCUUAUGGUUGAUGCCGAAGAUGGAUCGAGGAUGGUUGCCACGAAGAUCGGGGCCGUCGCCGGGGUGAUGCGGCAGGGCAAUGCCGUGUUGGAAAUUAUCGCUGGGGGUAUGGCGGCGAGAGGUGCAGAGAGUGGUCGGGGAGCGGACGACAGCCAUGAUAUGGACCCGUCGACAACGUAGUGAACGACCCUGGCCAGCGUGGCUUCCAGUUCCGAUCCACCUGCGAAAGUAGGAAAAAAUAAUAAAAUAGGGAAAAUAAAAAAAGAAUGAGAAAAUGAAAAGCCGCAGUGCAC